GCCCCUCGCGACGUCAGUUGAAGAUGGCGUUGGACGGGAGAGCUGUCGCCAGCGCACCGAGGGAAGCAACGCUCGCGGUCACGGCGUGUCUCUGAGAGCCAGCGGAGGGGGAUUUACCGGGCCGAGCCACUCGAACCCGCGACAACAGCUCAUUUCGUUUCAUUUUUUUAUUAUUAUUAUCAUUAUUUUUUUUUUUAUACCGCGGCUCCUCCUCCGGCCCCCGCGUGCCGCGCAGCUAACGCUACGGGCUUAGCUAACGUUCACCUGGACAACCGGGGCCGCUUAGCGAGCUAACGGACGUCGGUGUAAGCUAACGUGGAGCGAGUCAUCGAUCUUUAGCCUCCUCCCGAGCUGCCGUUGCCUCCACGGGAACGCGACAUGACUCGGUGAGCCGUUCCCGCUUCUCCUCGCCACCCAGGUCCCGCCCGUUUAAACGCAACCAACCGGACGGUCCUGCCAUCGCAACCGAACCUGUUUAUUUCUUUUCUUUUUUUUCUUAAACGCUAACGUUAGCUGAAUUGCAUUUUUUUAAAAAUGUCGGACAACCAGAGCUGGAACUCCUCCGGUUCCGAGGAGGACGCGGAGCCCAGAGACGAGUCCGGACACCUGGUGGGCUGCGUGGACCUGAGCGGGGUCCUCAGUAAGUGGACAAAUUACAUCCAUGGCUGGCAGGACCGUUGGGUGGUCCUGAAAAACAACACGCUGAGCUACUACAAGUCUCAGGAUGAGACCGAGUACGGCUGCCGGGGAUCCCUCUGCCUCAGCAAGGCCGUUGUCACUCCUCAUGAGUUUGACGAGUGCCGGCUGGACAUCAGCGUGAACGACAGCGUGUGGUACCUGAGGGCUCAGGACCCCGAGCACCGGCACCAGUGGAUCGACUCCGUGGAGCUGCACAGAGCUGAUUCUGGGUACGGCUCCGAGUCCAGCCUGCGGAGACACGGCUCCAUGCUGUCGCUCACCUCCGCCACCAGCGGCCUCUCCGCCACCUCCACCUCCUCCUUCAAGAAGGGUCACAGCCUGAGGGAGAAGCUGUCAGAGAUGGAGACCUUCAGGGACAUCUUGUGCAGGCAGGUGGACACGCUGCAGAAAUACUUUGAUGGCUGUUCAGACGCCGUGUCGAAGGACGAGCUGCAGCGGGACAAGAUCGUGGAGGACGAUGAGGACGAUUUUCCCAACACCCGGACAGAUGGCGAGUUUCUCAACCACGGCAGCAGAGAAAAACUGUUCCAGGCAGUGAGUCCCAAGGGGAUCAAUGGCAUAGACUUUAAGGGAGAGGCCAUCACGUUCAAGGCCACCACAGCCGGGAUCUUGGCCACUUUGUCCCACUGCAUCGACCUCAUGGUGAAGAGAGAAGACAGCUGGCAGAAGAGAGUGGACAAGGAGAUGGAGAAGCGCCGUAGGAUAGAGGAGGGCUAUAAAUCCGCCCUGAAUGACAUGAAGAAAAACUCCCACUUCAGGGGUCCCGAUUACGAGGAGGGUCCAAACAGCCUCAUCAACGAGGACGAGUUCUUCGAUGCGGUGGAAGCCGCUCUGGACCGACAGGACAAGAUCGAGGAGCAGGUGGGCCGAGGACCUCAGAGUGCCGCCUCCACGAGGACGCAGAGGACUCUGGUUUCUCAUUCUGUGGUUGCUUGUUCUCAGUCUCACACGGAGAAGGUCCGGAUCCACAGAUCCAGCCCCGUCCCCCCCGGGGACGUCUACUCCAGCAUCGGCACACACAGGUUCUCCGAGAAGGUGGAGGAGAUGGUGCAGAAUCACAUGACCUACUCCCUGCAGGACGUGGGAGGAGACGCCAACUGGCAGCUGGUUGUAGAAGAGGGAGAAAUGAAGGUGUACCGCAGAGAGGUGGAGGAGAACGGCAUCGUUCUGGACCCGCUGAAGGCCACCCACUCGGUGAAGGGGGUGACGGGGCACGAGGUCUGCCACUACUUCUGGGACACGGCCUACCGCAACGACUGGGAGACCACGAUUGAAAACUUCAACGUUGUGGAGACGUUGUCGGAAAACGCGACCGUGGUGUAUCAGACGCACAAGCGGGUGUGGCCUGCGUCCCAGAGGGACGUGCUGUACCUGUCGGCCAUGAGGAAGAUCCUGUCCAACAAUGAGAACGACCCGGACACCUGGCUGGUCUGCAACUUCUCCGUGGACCACGACGACGCUCAGCCGUCCGGCCGCUGCGUGCGCGCCAAGAUCAACAUCGGCAUGAUCUGCCAGACGCUGGUCAGCCCCCCCGAGGGAGACAAGGAAAUCAGCAGGGACAACAUCUUGUGCAAAAUCACCUACGUCGCCAACGUGAACCCCGGCGGCUGGGCCCCCGCCUCGGUGCUCCGGGCCGUGGCCAAGAGGGAGUACCCCAAGUUCCUCAAGCGCUUCACCUCCUACGUCCAGGAGAAGACCGCCGGCAAACCCAUCCUGUUUUGAGGCCCCUCUCCACCUCACCUGGAGCUCUGAUAACCCCCCACCCCCCCUGUUUUUUUAGCUACACGUGAGUUCCAGAACUGAUGAAAUUGCAAAAGAAAAUCCAGAUGGAGAUAUAAUAAUUUAUCGUAAUUAUUUCAAGAGAUUGCUGCUCCCCCCCCUUUGGUUUGGAUGAAAUAGGAUCCCUCGCUGCAGCUCUGAUGUCACAGCCAAUGACGACGUUGCUUUUCUUACAGAUAUAAUAAUAUAUAAAUGUACGUAUGUUCUAUAAGAAGUUUCUAAGAAAACAAAACCUUUGCUAAUAGACUGAAAUAUUUUAUCCUUGCUGCUGACGUCUCCUACUUUGUGUUUUGGAUUUUUCAUAAUUAGUCGUUUCCUGGCUUCAUUUUGACGCUGUUUAAAUAUCGCCGAUGGAUUUAAGUCCAGAGGGCUGUCAUCGACUCGUGACCCCUAUGAUGUAAGACUUGACCUCUUUGACUCCGCCCCUCUCAUGAAACCGCCUCUGCUCUGGUGCCGACGGAGGGGGGGGCCCCGAGGGGACUCGCAUAUUUAACACACGCUGUCGGCCAGGCUUCAUUUUGUGAUUGUAAAAUAGUGUCACUAACAUUUCUCUGGAGGUAUUUUUCUUACCAAAUGUCUUAGUGUUACAGGAGAAUCUAGUUUCAGAGUGGGGGGGGGUGAUCACUAGUAAGUGCCUCAUGGAGUUCAGAUCUUGUCCUACUAACCGAAUGAGGCUCUUCAACAAUUCUGCAGUCCAUAAGGACGGGUUCCAUUGUUUAAGACUCCUACUUCUUAGGAGCAAGUUACACCGUUUGAUUUUCCAGAGGUUGAAAUGAGUACAUUUUCCCCCCCGUGGACCACAUGAAUCACACAUUUCUUAAUUCUACUAACUGAAACUGUACAUAGUAAGAAACACCUUUAUGUAAAUAAAGCUGUGGGAUCGACUUACAAAUGUACUGUGAGAGUCCGUCUCAACAGUGAAAUAAAGUUCAUCCUUCACUUCU